AUGGCAGGGCGCGCUUGCUUCCGCGUGGCCCUGAAGUCCCAGGCGUCCUGGCUGCUGUGCGUCUUCUGGGUCUGGACGCUGGGAGGCCUCUGCGGGUUGGGAGUGACGGCACCGGGGGCUGGGGGCUACGCAGGCGCUCUGCACCCGUGCCAGGCGCCGCAGCAAUGGGAGGGGCGCCAGGUUCUGUACCAGCAAAGCAGCGGCCGUAACAGCCGAGCCCUGCUCUCUUACGACGGGCUCAACCAGCGCGUUCGGGUGCUGGACGAAAGGAAGGCGCUCAUCCCCUGCAAGAGAUUAUUCGAAUAUAUUCUCCUCUAUAAGGAUGGAGUGAUGUUUCAGAUUGAACAGGCCACCAAGCAGUGCUCAAAGAUUACCCUGGAAGACCCCUGGGAUCCUCUCGACAUUCCUCAGAAUGCCACUUUUGAAGAUCAAUAUUCCAUAGGGGGGCCCCAGGAACAGAUAACGGUCCAGGAGUGGUCUGAUCGGAAAUCAGCCAGAUCAUAUGAAACCUGGAUUGGUAUUUAUACAGCCAAGGAUUGUUAUCCUGUGCAAGAAACCUUCACCAAAAAUUACAGUGUGAUAUUGUCCACCCGGUUCUUUGACAUACAGCUGGGCAUUAAAGACCCCUCUGUGUUUACACCACCAAGCACGUGCCAGACGGCCCAACCAGAGAGGAUGAGUGAGGACUGCUCCCUGUGA